GUGAGUUUGAGUUAAUGGAAAAGCGUUAAUUGUAAAUUAUUUCAUGUUCGUCAAGUAGUUAUAAAUAUCGGUUAAUUUGUGGCUAGUGCUUGAGUACAAUUCGGUAUAUGUGGUAUGGUAAUAAGGAUAGUUCAGAAAUCACGCACAAAACAAACCCUAACCAGGCAGAAUGGCCUGCACGAAUUGCGGAGUGGUUGGUCCACCGCCGGACAUGAUCUUAUCGAUGCCUCCACCACCCUUGCCAUCAUUUCUACUACCGCGCAGUGCUAUCGUCGCCCUUUCCGGGAAUGAGUCGCAACCUUGCUUCGCGGCCUUCAUGUGCGAGCCUAAUCCACGUCCUCGCGAGGGGGGCAUCGAGUUCAUUGAAUUGGCUGGCAAAGGAGGCCACAUCACAAUGGCCAACACGUGGCUAUUCGUAUUGAUUUCAUCCUGCGUCGGAGUCCUUGUUCUCGGCACUCUACUCGCCGUAAUCCUGAUGAAGUGUCGCGAUUACAGCUUUUCGUAUCAUGAAUCGAAUUUGAAGCAGUCAUCGAUGCCUGCCCUAGGGGAACCGUCGAAAUCGAAUCCCUUCCUGUCGGGCGGCAUGUUGUAUCCCUGUGCAUCGAACCGAGACUCCUUGCAGCAACAACUGGCCAAUGACAAUAGGCUGUUGUGGGCUACGUUAACACCACAUGGCACAAGGCACUUUGUUUCAGAGUUCCCGGCACAGGAAUCACACUAUGAGGUUGUCGAUUAUAAAGCUAAACCACAAACGGCCAAACCAUCGGGGCGAGAUACUUUGAAACGAGUCCCAGUUAAGUCAUUCGACAAUAAUGGAUUUGUGGACUACGACUACGAGGAUCCAACUCCACUAAUGGACUCAUAUCACGAUGACUUGGACUCAGGAUACCAAGAGCCCCAUGAGGUCAUUGGAACACUAUCUCGAAGCUCACCGCGGCCUCUCGUGUCGUCACCAACGCGAAUAGAGAACCCAAACAUUCCGCCUCUGAACAUGUAUCCUCACAACAGGAAUCCCAAUGGAACUUUGAACAAAAAAACCACAUUAAGCCGUCGCAUAAGUGAUGCAUCAUCCUACAGUGCAGCCGGCAUGUAAACCGGCUGCACCUCAAUUAUUCCUAAAUCUAUUCUUUAAGCACUUUGUGACUAGGUUACCUUAUCAUGUCUGUACAAUAUUUCACUAUAGUUUUACGUAAGUUUUAGAACUGAACUGAUUGAUGCUGAUCCAAGUUUUCAAACUCUCCUAAAUGUUCGAUUGGUUCGAAGCGAUUACGUAGAUAAGUGGCAAACCACAUUUUGGGGGACUCUAUGCAGCGGAAGGUAGGCACGUUGCAUAACUUCGCACCCAAAUUGUCCUUUUUACCUAUGGAGUAACUUUUAGUGGAUUGAAUCUAAGGCGUCCAUGCAAUGCUUCUUUAGAUAUUGUUGGUGUCCACCCUAGUUUAUUAAGGUGCGAGCUACUGCCAAAGUCACCGGGUUCCAACGAAGGCGUAAAAACACCAAAUUUCAAAACAUUAACCGUAAAAUCAAAUUAAAACUCUCGAUUAAGUGUCGUAUCACGUAUCAAUGUACUGUGUCUGCAUCCAUCAUCCAACCUCGAAGGGCGUAAUUGUCCUGCUUCACAACUACCCCAUUCCAGGCGUGAUGAUGCCUUUAUAUGUAUAUGUAUGUACCUCAGUAUAUGCAAAGCACAAUAUAUAUCUGUAACUCGCUCUCUUUUAACAAAAUAUUUGAAAAAUCCAUAAAUUAGGAACGUGUGCUGUUUGAAUU